AUGUUGGCCGGAAUCAACGGAGUUGAGGUUUCGCAGUCAAUAGCCAUAGCUUGCCUGUUGAUAACCAAUGAUGCACUGUUUCUGUCGCCAUUCACUCCAUACCCACACCCAGCCACGGAUUCUCAUCUAUUCUCAAUUUAUCUACUGCUACCAUUCAUUGCCGUUUCACUAGCCUUAUGGUGGCACAACUGGUAUCCUUCUAAGGUAUUUGUCGGGGAUACAUACUGUUACUUUGCUGGCAUGGUCUUUGCCGUUGUUGGAAUAUUGGGCCACUUCAGCAAAACUCUGCUGCUGCUAUUUGUUCCCCAAAUAUUCAAUUUCUUGUACUCUACGCCACAACUAUUUCACUUGAUACCUUGCCCGCGUCACCGAUUGCCGAAGUUUAACCCGCGAACUGGACUCAUGGAACCAUCCGUUACCGAGUGGACACGUCCUCCGCACCCCAUCAUCGCAACCGGCCUGGAUUUGCUGGACAAACUCUACCUCAUGCAGGUGAAAAGAAACGAGGAAGGCAACAUUAUCGAGACAACAAACUUAACCUUACUUAACCUCUGGUUACUCUGGUUUGGACCGCUGCGUGAGGACAAGUUAGCGAUGCAUAUAGUCGGCCUCCAGCUUCUAUGCGGCGUGGCUGCGCUGCUCGUCCGCCACAAGCUCGCCUUGUUAGUGUUUAGAGAGGAUAAUCGCGGGCCUGGAUUUGCGUAUAGCUUUGUAUAG